CAGGACAGUACCUUUAGUUCACAUUUUGAAAUAAUCCACAUCAACACUAUAUGCAGAUGCUUUCACUCGGGAAAACAUCCUGGCAGAUAGAUAAAAUAAAUUAACAGGGCUACCUAAUAAGGCUCAACAAACCAUCAAAGGUUAGCGAUGAUUGCCUAUUGAACAGCGUCUAACAUAAGUUAUUACGUUACGGAGUCUCAGGACUAUUAGCGGCGCACUUUUUUAUGGGGGAUUAUGACCUCAAGUUCCCCAGAAAUUAAUGUUAAGAUCGACCCAGAGGUUUUAGAGAUCCAGAAAAAGAUAUAUAAAGAACUUUUACUGAAACAGGCAGAUGUUAAGAGAGGGAGUAAAUUCCUUCCGAUAGAUAUUGAGCCAUUUAAAUUUCAACGACAUCGUUUGGCACUACCUUUCACAGAUGAAGACCGCGCUGCUAGAAAACAGUAUCUUAAUGAUCAGUUAUUGUCAGAGAGGGAACCAGUAAGUGUUCCUGAGUGGACGCGUGUCAACAUAUUUCGAAGGAUAUAUAGAAUGCCUUUUGAUGCUCUUACAAAUCUAGUUAGACCCAUAAUCGGAGAUCAUAAAAGUUGGUACUUUCGUGCUACUGUACCGAAGGUUACAUGUACAUUAAUAUUGUUUUGGUUCGCAUGGUAUCGUAUCAAAUACUGUGAUAACUGGGAAACGUACGCCAAAUCAGUAAAAUCUAGAGCUUAUAGAAGGCAAAAGUGGCCAGGUCAACCGGGAUUUUAUGAUGCUUUGAAAGUAGACGAUUUCGGAAUGGAAGGCUUUGAUAAGAGAACUGCUCUCCUUGGAGAUAAGUUGGUUACCAGCGGAGCUUGAAAUCUUAAUAUGCUUUUAGGAAGCCUAAAAUAUAACUGUAGUUC